AUGAAGAAGGAAGGAUACGUCAUGUGUGAGAAAUGCGAAGGAAGGAAGAAUCCUAAAGAAAGCAAAGGAGCAGCGAUGAAAUCGGUCAUCCGAAAACAACGGAUGGAUCUGUCGAUAUUGUUUUUGGAAGUCCUCAUCGAAUCAACGUCGAUGUUUCUUGUAAAACUCUCUUAUCUUUCUAGCAACAACGUCCAGUUUUAUAAAUUAUAUCAAAUCCAGGUUAGGGUUUGUGUCCUUCUUCAAUAUCUCAUGUGGGUCUCGCUUGAUUUGAAAAAAAAAGAUUUAAACCUUUUUGUUUGUUUCUGGGUGGAAUAUGCAGCAAUGGAGGAUAAACAGCUAGGGGUUAUGAGAGUUCAUGUGAAAAGAGGGAUUAAUCUCGCGAUUCGUGAUUCCACGACCAGUGAUCCUUAUGUUGUUGUCACAUUGGCUAAUCAGAAAGUGAAGACGCGUGUGAUCAAUAGUAACUGUAAUCCAGUGUGGGACGAACAACUGGCCCUUACCAUCAAAGAUGUGACUGAUCCAAUUCGUAUGACGGUGUAUGAUAAAGACAGAUUCUCUGGAGAUGACAAGAUGGGUGAUGCGGAAAUAGACAUGAGGCCGUUCCUAGAAGCGCACCAGAUGGAGUUGGACUUCCAAAAGCUCCCCAAUGGUUGUGCAAUCAAGAGGAUCCGUCCAGGGAGGACCAACUGUUUGGCUGAAGAGAGCAGCAUCACUUGGAGCAAUGGGAAGAUCAUACAAGACAUGAUUCUUAGAUUAAGGAAUGUGGAGUGUGGUGAAUUGGAGAUAAUGCUUGAGUUGGCUGAUGGUCCAGGCUGCAAGGGUCUUGGACGAGAAGGAUCGAAGAAGACAUCAUGGAUGCAAACAAAACAAUUGGACUAAGAUGCAGAAAUGAUGAACAGAGACAUUGAAGAUGUGGUUGUUGUUUUUUUUCCUUCUGUUCAUGCAAAGACUAGUUCGUCUUUGUCUCAUCAGAUUUUUUUUUUGGUUUUGUAAAAAGUCUCUGCUUCGGUCUUUAGUUGUACAUGUUGAAUAUAACCAUAAACCCUUACUAUAUAUUUGCAUAUGUUUUUACUAUUGAAGAAAUAAAGCAAACCCUGAAUUUCUAGAACCUCUUCAAGUUUCUUCUUUUGUUCAAGUAACAUGAAUUUAUAUUUGUAGUAUCUACCCAAAUAUAUAUGCAGGGUUGCUUUGUUGAAAUGUAAUGAAAAUGUAUAGCGUUUCACCAACACACACCUGCAAGUUCCACCAUCUUAUGAGAAUUCGAGUGAAGGGAUCAAUCUCGCUAGACGAGACUCGCUUAGCUAUGAUGUCAUUAUAUUUAUAACCAUGGAAAUGCAAGUCUCAUUCUCUCUCUGAUUCUCAUCCGUUUUGGUCUUUCUUGGUUUCUUGAUUUUGAUCUGUUGAAUGUUCAUGUCUAUAGUUCUUGAUAUAUAUCGCUGUUUAUACUCUUCGUAUAAGGAUCCAAGAAUCCCUUAAGAAACAUGAUCGAUAUCAAUUUAUAAUCAUUUUAAGAUAUUUAAAUUUUAGCCUAUAGAGAUGAAAAAAUAAAUAGCUUUAGUAUAUGAAUUCUUUUUUCAUUUUAGGGUUUAUAUCUUGCAUGCCUUCUUAUCGAUGUUUAAAUUCGUGAAACUUCACAAGAAGCUGAAGAGUCGUAAUGUGGAAAAGACGGUAACCCAGAGUGGAACCAGGAACUGACACUUGCGAGCAGAAUCGUCUACUAUAAUGGAAAGAUCGUUCAGUACAUGAUUCUUGUGUUGAGUAAUGUUGAAUGCGGUGAAGUCGAGAUUCAGCUUGGACGGAUUGAGAUUCCAGGUGGUGGGAGACUUUGAAUAAGCAUGUUAAUGGUUCUCUAUGUAGUAUGUGUGCAAUAAUAGCUUCGUUACGUAAGCCACAAGUUACGAUAUAAUCAAAACAGAAUACUCCUCUGCUUUUGUAAUGGAAAUGUUUAUUCUUUUAUAGAUUUCAACCGAUACCGUUUCUUUCCCGCGAGAAAACCAAACCAUAUAAAAUUAGAAAAGAUAGCAA